AUGAACAACAUCAAGAACACCAGCACCAGCGCCAUUCCCGCUGGUAGCAUCUCUCCCAUCAAAAACACCAUGGUCAACCGCAACGCGCUAUACCGGGCCGAGACCUCUCCGGUAGACGUGAACACGCCGUCCUCUGCAUCAAGCAAGUCUUUAUCAAGUGGCAGUGUGCUCUCUGAACCCAGCUCCACAACCACCCUUUUUGUCAAUGACAUCCUCUAUACUCGCCAGGAGCUGCGUGCCAUGGCUGAGGAGCUUGACCUUUCCCAACGCUCCGGCGAGUUCCCCAGCACCAAGUACUUGAAUGCCAACUCCAACGUCACUGUCGACGACUACAAGAAGCUCAUUGAGAUGCGCGGUACCCCUUCCAAGGCUGAGCGUGACGUCCUCUUUGUUGCCCUGACGCGUGACCUCCGGGAGCGUGACGAGGAGAUGGAUGAGAAGCUCGAGAGGCAGCGUGCGCUCAAGCAUGUCAACUCUUGCAUCAAGUCUGUCCAAGAAGAGCAACGUCUGUACCGUAUCAUGCAGACUGCGCUUACCCACAACACUCAUGCCGUCACCAAGUCCGACCUUCAGGAGCUUCUUGUGUCUAGCAUGGCCAACAAGCGAGAUCUUGCCGAAAUAGCAAGCAAGAAAGAUCUCUUGGAGAUUGCAAACAGACUGUCGGCAACUACCAGAAAUGACUUGUUUGACAUUGCACACAAAGACGACCUCUCGCAAAUCAGGUAUGACUUGUUGGCUGCUAUCAAGGACAAUUCGGCCCGUGACUUCGAACUUGUCGAGGCUCGUCUUGACUUGGUCAGCCGACAAAUCGAAGCUGUGAAUCAUAUCAGAGAGCAGCAAAUCGGAGCAUUGAGCAAACAGCUUCAAGAAAUGACAGCAAUUUUCACCUCUCUCCCUACCACCCUCACAGACAUCAUGCAGUCAGUGGUAGAGCAAAAGCAACUCGAACAGCAACAGCUCCUCCACCUUAAAACCAUCUCCAUCGCAGAAGUCUCAUCCCUUCCUGGCAUCUCAAUAGCAAAGCAUCAUCAUAUUGGCGAUUGCCAGCACGUCGACAACGUGCCAAAACGGCAAGGGAUUGUGUCAAAAUGGCAUAGGUCAGUCGGUCAGAGCCUCAAACGCGACAUUGGCAGGAUAUCACGGAGGAGAAACACAUCAGUCCAGAAAAACACUGCAGUCUCAUUAAAAUGAGAGUCAUACUGGGAGGCGGGUAACCCCA